AUGUCGGAAGAUUCGCUACCUGACUUGGACACUUUGGUCUGUAAUGCCGAAACGGCUUGUACAGACCUUCAAAUUACGGGAAACGCUUUACUUGUUGAGCUCAAAAAGUUCAAUAGACAGACUUCGGAAAGGAAUUCGGGGACAUUGCAGAGAAUUUGUGAUCUUAGGUCUGAGUACGAGGAACGUCUGACCAAGUACAGGGAGUUAAAGGGUAUAGCCAAAAGUGUCGCAAAAAGCUACGAAAACACUACAGUAGACUUCAGUAAGCGAGAUCAAGAGAUUGAUGAGCUCAGAAGCAAAUUGCAAGCUGAACUUGACUAUAGUACUCGAGGUCGAAAACCUGCUGUGAACCCGACCGCCAACUCACACAACAGAAGUGCAAUAACCGCUUUCAAAGCAGAAAUCGAUGAUUUCUAUGAGGCUACCUUAGCUUCCCUGCUAUAG